AUGGACGACUCGACCCCGACGCCCACCCAGCAAAAACGUCCUCGCGUGGCCGAAGAAAACCGCAAGCGAGCUGUCCGAGCGUGCGAUGGUUGUCGCCGGGUGAAAGAGAAAUGCGAAGGAGGUGUGCCGUGUCGGAGAUGUCUGCGGUACCGCCGCCAGUGCAAUUUUACUCACAUUGACCCCAAUGAGAAGACCCGGUCAACCUCUGUCUCACUUUUGGACCGUGCAGCCGCCCAGAGUCGAAAUGACAUCGCCGAGGCAGAACGGGUGCGCCUGAUGGAACGUCUCCUAUCGCACUAUGUUCCCAACGUCACUUUCGAUAUUCAGUCUCUGCGCCAGGCUGCAGAGGAUCUGAAGACCAAACACCGCGAUUCUGAGUCGGAUGCGAUUUCUACCCGGGGAGACCCAAAUGAGCUGGAGGAUCUUGCCAUUGAUGAGGAGGACUUUACAAUCAAGGCUAUGCCUGAUAACACAACCCAAUAUUCCGGGGAAUUUUCAUACUUGAAUUUCACAAUGAAGAUCCGGAAGAAGAUCGAUGAGUGGAUGAAGACUGCAGCACCCGAGGUAGGUUUCCGCGAAUUGUCGGUGAACAAAGCCACCCAUGCUAAGCCCUACCCGCAGGCGACUUCUGAAGUCGAGCCUUUUGAAGAGCGAUGGCGAAGUACACAACUCCAGUCCGCGUCACCUCAGGUAUCUGCCUCAAUUACAUGUCUACCACCGCGCUAUGUCGCCGAUUUUCUUGUCCAAAUCUUCUUCAAGUACGCACAAACCAAUAACUUUUACAUUGAGGAAGACUGGUUGAUCGAGAAAUUGGGCGUCUGCUACACUGACCCUGAAAGUUUGUCAUUUGACGAUGCAGGCGCAGUGUGCUGCAUUCUUAUGGUCCUGGCCGUGGGCACUCAAUUCGCACAUAUGGAGUCAUCCACACCUGUGAAUUGCUUGCCCUCAGGCUCUACAGCAAAUCAGGAUCAUCACUUUUCGGAGGAUGAGGUCGGACUCACGUUCUACCAAUUUGCCUCGAGGCUUUUACCAGACAUCAUCGCUACUGCUUCCGUUCGAAGCGUGCAGGCCUGUCUACUUAUCGGGACGUACUUGCUUCCAUUGGAUACUUCAGGGCUAUGCUACACAUACUUUGGCCUGGCACUCAAAUUGGCCAUUCAAAAUGGAAUGCAUCGGAGGUAUCACGGCGAAGGCUUGUCUCCGCGUAUGAUCGAAGUGCGGAAUCGGGUUUUCUGGACAGCUUUUACUAUCGAAAAGCGUAUAAGCAUUCUCCACGGCAGACCGUCAUCGUUGUCGGACCCCGACGUUGAUGGUCCCUUGCCGGUCGAUUUCCCUGGAUUGAUGCCCAUCAAUCAAAUUUCAAACCAUAAAAACAUGGUAACACUCAUUACAUUGACUUUGAAGCUCGGAGAGGUUUCAAAUGAAAUUAGCUCAUUGCGAAAAUACCGCAAAGAUCAACAGCAGGACUGUCUUGAACGAUUACUGAGUUGCCGGAAAAAUCUCGUUGAUUGGUGGUCGACUCUACCAGAAGAGGUUACCUGCCGUGAUCUGAAUCCUGCAGGGCCGCUCUUCAGGUCUAAUGUCCACCUCAAGCUAGACUACUGUCUGACUCGAGUCUUCAUUGGACGCCCUUUCCUUUUCAGUAAUAUCAAAGGCAUCUAUCCGACCCCUUCUCAAGGUCCCCCGUACAAGGGGUCUUCCGCCCUGUCCGGUCUGUCAAAGAAUCGCGCGACUCUUGUUACAGAUUGCGUGGAAGCGGCUUUAGAAAUCAUCGAUUUGUGCCGCUUGCUCCGUGAUGAGACCGGUCUCGCGCGAGCCUCGUUUACCGAAUUUAGUUCAUGCCGUGCAGCUUUGUUAGUCAUUUUGGCCCAGGGCCUGACCAAACGAACUGAAAGACUUGGUGCUGCUCUCGAACAGGGAAUUUCCCUAAUCAAGAUCAUGUCUAUGGGUGUUGGCUCAGCCCGUUCAGCUGUCAGUGUCAUAGAGGCGCUCGAACGUGCCAUUCGCCGCCUCGAAGCAUGGAGCGAGACACAACCGGAUAUGAGCAGCGGGGGUGGCGUCGAAUCCGCCUAUGACCGGUUUAAAAACUGGGAGAUGCUUUGGAAAGCAGGGCCUAUCUCGCCGUCCACGCUCGCGUGGCAACAGCAGGAAAAUUAUGCUUCAAGUGAGCAAAACGUCCCACAGAGCGUACCCUCUCAAGCCUCCACCAUGGCAGGUCCUUCUACUCUUCUUCACGGCAUGUCCCUGACGCCUCCUUCCGCGGCCAUGAUUGGCGUGGGUGGUACUGUUCCAACACCCGCUGUGCCUGAUCAUAGCAUUCCAGAAGGCGAAGAAGUCCCACUCCCCGACACUUUCUCCAUUUCUCAGCAGUCCCUCUCACAUAUGCCACACUUUGGCUUCGAUCAUUUUGUUUCCAAUUUCCCACAAGAGUUGGGCGAGUUCACUGCCAUUCCUUGCUUCGAGCCAGAUUCUCAGGCUCAGCCUAAUGGUUUGCCUGGUGCUGAAAUGAAGCCGCCAGGUGGCAGUUCUGACCCCCCUCACUGGCUGAACUUCAUGAGGGAUUCAUGA